AUGGAUUAUUAUAAACCUACUUCGAAAGAUGAUUCGUAUGACUAUUAUCAAGAGGUUGCUAGAUCAGCAUUUGCUGACAUGCUUCACGAUAAGGAAAGAAAUGAGAAAUAUUCACUUGGAAUUAAAGCUGCAAUAGUGGAAAUGAAAUCUCAAGGAAGAAAAGCAAAUGUUUUAGAUAUUGGUACAGGCACAGGGUUAUUAGCAAUGCUUGCUGCCCAGCAUGGAGCUGAUACUGUCACCACAAUUGAAGCUUUCUCUCCAGUUUCAAACUUCGCUCGUCAAAUCAUUUCAGACAACGGAUUUAAAGAUAAAAUCAAAAUUAUCACUAAACAUUCAACUAAAGUAAAAAUCGGCUGUGGUCAAGACAUGGAACAAAAGGCAAACAUUCUUGUUGCUGAAGUACUUGACACUGAAUUAAUUGGUGAAGGUGCUAUAAGCACUUACAAUCAUGCACAUAAAUAUUUAAUGGAAAGUUCUUGCAUUUGUGUGCCUCAUUCUGCUUCAAUAUUUGUCCAAAUAGUGGAUUGUCCUACAGUAGUUAAUUGGAAUUCACUAACAUUAGAAGGCAUAAAAAUUCCCGACGAUGUUUUGCGAUGCAGAGGAUCGCCGUCGAUACAUGAUCUUCAACUAAGCCAAUUACCGACAAAUAGUUUUAAAACUCUUGGAAGUUUUUUCAAUAUUUGUGAUGUCGAUUUCUCAGGAAAAACUCAAAUUAAAUCAUUGGAAAGAUUUACAAAACAAUUUCAAGUUGAAAGGAAAGGAGUAGCAAACGCAAUAUUUUUCUGGUGGGAAAUUAAAAUGAAUUCCAGUGGAUCGAUUUUAUUGAACUGUGCUCCAUAUUGGAAUCAUCCCGACUGUGAUCUUAAAAAUUCUGAAAAGAAUGAAAUUUAUUUAAGAAAUUCUAUUCCAUGGCGUGAUCACUGGAUGCAAGGAGUUUUCUAUAUUCAAUCAAGACAAUCAUUAAAAGAAAAUAGUUGUGCUUACGUUACAGCUUGUCACGACGAGUUCUCAUGGUGGUUUGAAGUUUCACAAACAGCAUCAUUUGAUUCCUCUAUUGAGCGACCACUUUGCACUUGUAUUUUUCACAUGGCAAAUUCAAGAAGUCGAAUUAUGGAAAUGAAUAAGUUAAAAAUUGAGUCUUUUGAUCUUCCUAAAACUGGAUGUUUACUUUUCCUGGGUGAUCAUAGUCUUCUAGGUCUUCAAGCGACGUUACAAACAGAUGCAAAAAUUUAUAUAUUUCAAAGUCAUCCGCUUUGUAUUAAAAGCAUGAAGAACUUUAUAGAAUCAAAUAAUCUUCAAGAAAGAGUUCAGCUUAUCUUUGAUCUGAAUAAUAUCAGCGAACCAAUAACACAAAUCAUCGCUGAUCCUCAUUUCAAUGAUGCAAUUCUUCCUUGGGACAACAUUAGAAUUCUUCAGAAAUUUAUGAUAAACUUAAAAAAUCACAAAGGGACAUUCAUGCUUAAUCCUGUCUCUGCAUCGAUUUAUGCUGCUCCAGUACAUUUCCUGAAUCUUCACAAAAUUCGCUGGCCCUUGGAAUCAUCUUGUGAAGGAUUUGAUCAUAAAAUGUUUGAUGAAGUUUUAGACGUUGCAUCAUCGUUUGCUGAUGCUAAUGUUGAACCAUUUUCCCUUUGGGAAUAUCCAUGUCUAUCUUUGGGUUCAUCAGUAGAAGUUUUCAAGAUGAAUUUCAACGAUGAAAGUUGUAAAAGUUCGAAAACGAUUCUUCCUGUAGAAUCUUCAUUGAAAACUUGCAAUGGAAUUGUUUUUUGGGUUGAAUGGAAGUUCAAUAAUCAAAUGAAAAUUUCUCAAGAACCUUCACAAGAAAUGCGACUUAAUGAACUAAUAAAUUGGUCCAUUAAUGAUCGACAUGGUGUUCAUCUUAUUCCUGAGUCACAAGUUAAAAGAAUCAUCAAAGAAAUUGAAAUUGAAACUGUAAUUGAUGAUGAAAUUUUAAUCAAUUUCUUGUAUUUCUUCAAUUCAAAAUAA